AUUUACCCAGAAGUCCCGAUUACAUAUGUCUGCGCCCAUGGAAGAAAUGCUUCUUUUAUGCGCUAUCUGAGUAUAACCAGUCUCAGUUAUGUAAAAAGAAGUAAACGAACGUCACCAGUACUUUAGCAAAUAUGGCAUCUUUAUGGAGACAGUUCUCUAAGCUUAGCUCAGUCGCGAACGUUUAUGCGAAGGCAUGUCUUCAGCAGAGCAAGGUGUUGGCAAACCGGCCAAUAUUUGGAUCUUUUGAACUACAUCGGGUCAUGGCUGUUUCAUCUGCUGUUAGUCAGUCCAAAUGUGCGUCAUCCAGCUCUCGUCAGACUACAGAGUACACCCCACCGUCGCCGUACAGAAACCCGGGACCGAGAAGAUACGGAUAUGUUCCCAAAAUGUUUGCAGGAGGCGUACUGCCACGGUAUGGAAGGAGACCUCUGCCAAUACCAACAUACAAACAACCUGACAAUUGGAGUAAGAAGAAAGCAUUGUUUGGACAAAAUGACUACAUUGAUAUUCUUGGGAGUGGGAAUGUUCACCCUGUGGAUCUGAUGCGAGGUCCUGAAUGGCUUAUUGGCUUCAAUGGCAAUGAACUUCAGCGACUGCUGCGGCGGAUGCGUUUCCAAGGCAACAAGCUGAAGACAUUAUACCCUACCAAGUACUUUCAGACACGGAAGAGAAUCAACUUCCUCUAUAAAAAGUAUAACAAUCAUCGAAUCUCAAAAAAUAGAUAAUCCAAUUAUUCAUUAGAAAUCUUGUAUGCUGUUUUUGAAAUCGGACUUAAGUGAAGCUUUGUGACCAUCCUUACCAAUUCUUACAUUGUUAAAUAAGAAAACAAUUAGGUAUGGUUGAUCUCUGUCAUGUGUUCAUUAGUUCCACAGAAUGAAAAGCAUGAGGGAAUAGUUGUAUACUUUCAUAGAUGUUACAUUUAGCGUCCAAGGUGUUGAUUAGUUGGAUAUGUAUGAGGGCUACAACCAAUCCACUAUGAGCA